CAAAACCAAUUGCAAUACAAAACUGAUAAAGAUUCUUGAAAGUUGAUCUGCAAAGACAUAAAUUACACUAAUAUUUGAAGAUGGAAAAACAAACAACUAGAAGUCAUAAGAUAAGAAGUGCCGUAAGCAAGAUUGCUAUUUGGAAAUCCAAAGGAACAAGACAGCUAUGGAGGCGAAGCAAUCGCAUUGUUCCAUUCAAUGAUGCUGAAGAAGAGGAGAAAGUGGAAAAUGACAGAAUGGUGAUAGACCUGGAUGCCAUACAUGUAUACGAAUGGCCAGAAAUAGACUUUGCAACAUUUGGCAAAAAUGGCUUCUAUACAAAAGCUGACUGCACAAUGGAAACUAUCCUGAUGAUGUCUCCACUAUAUGAUCCAAAUUUUUCAAACCCUCAACAGAAAACAGACAAGCGUUCUCUCCUUCAAAGAGCCCUGCAUAGAAUUGGAAAGAGAACACGAGAAGCCAGAUAUAUUGUUUCUUCUGUGGUGUCCAAGAGACCCAAGCAAAAAGAAAGCCCUCAGCAGGAGACAAAGAUCGAUGACUCUAGAUUUACUUCAUUUUAAACACAACAAACUAUCAUGUGAUGUGCACUAUCAUGUGAUGCUAUGACCUAGUUUCCCAGGUGUGGAGGAGAAUGAAUCCUCCAGCAACAACAUUGACUCUGGGCCACAUGGAACUAUGUAGAACUAAGGGCUUUUAGGAGAUGAUGACAGAGACCAUUCAUAAGAUAGCCCCUUCCUUCAUUAACUGUAUUUUUCUAAAUCUUUAUUAUGCUCACAUGUAUUGAAUUUAUGUUGUAUGUUGUCUCAUGUAAAUAAAUU